UUCCCCCUAGAGGAGUAAACCUCAGAUAUUCGCUUGUGCUGUGUACACAAUGUCGGGCAGAAAGCCCCGGUCUGUGGCGAAUCCUCUGGAGUCUGCUAUCACUACACCAAGUGAGAGGAUACUAAGGGAAUGCCACAAUUUGUAUAUCGACAGCGAAAACGGCCUGGUAAAGAUCGCCAGCUGCCUGGGAGUUCGGCUCCUCCCCCCGAGAAAGAAGAUCAUUGUGAUGAUAUUGGGUAACCACUCUGCAGGGAAGAGCUCCUUCAUUAACUGGUAUGUGGAGGAGCACAUUCAGAAAACAGGUGUUGCCAUUGAAACCCAGGGGUUUACUUUCAUCACAAGCGGUCGCAAGAGGGAGUCGCUGACGGGGAAUGCAACACUGCAUCUAUACCCUCACUUUCGCCCCCUGCUUGAGUUCAAAGGCGUCACAGACUACCUGUCUGCAGAGAUCUCCACCUCAAAACAGAAGAAGUUCAGUUUGGUAACAUUUGUGGACACUCCGGGUUUGGUGGACGGAGACAUGAUCUACCCGUUUGACGUUAACAGUGCCAUCACCUGGCUCGGAGAGCAGGCAGAUUUGGUCUUUGUGUUCUUUGACCCGAUGGGUCAAGCACUGUGCAAACGUACGCUUAACAUAGUGGAGAAGCUGAGUGAAAAAUGCAGCGACAAACUGUAUUUUUAUCUCAGCAAAGCAGACGAAGCUGGCAAGGAGACGGACAGGCAGAGAGUAAUGAUGCAGAUUGUUCAGGAACUGUGUCGGCGUCCAGGUCUCAACAAAUGUGGUUUUGAUAUGCCAACGAUAUACAUCCCCAACCCACAGAAGCCGAGUAGAUGUGUGAACCAGAUCGACAGCGUUUGUCAGACGAUCGAGAAGACCAUCAACCAGGCAGUUCAGAAGACUCUGGAUCAGCUGGAGAAAGACUGUGACCUCAUUUGCUCCAGCAUCAACAGCAGACUGGACCAGGACAGGGCUGAUGUGACUUACAACAGAAGUGUGCGCCUCCAUGCAUUUCUGUGUGGCAUUUUGGGCAUUUUCCUGCCUCUCCUCUUCAUCGUCAGUUUUAUCGUGAACACCGUUUCUAAAGAGCAGCUGGAUGAGCUGUUUGGUGAAAGUUCAGCUCGGACAGUCACAGUCCUCACAGGGUUAGUGAUGUAUGGAUGGGACUGGAUACCAGAAGAUGGACAGGUGCUGUUUGUCAUCCUUUUUGGUGCUUUUUGCUACCUCCUGCUUUUCCUGGCAAAAUAUUUUGCAAGUCGAAGAAAUAAAACCCUUACGAAAAAGGAGAAAAGGAAAAUGGUGGAAUACAGUGACUAUAUUCACGAUAUCGUCAAAACCAAAAAGGGUAAACUGUACGAAUGGUACCUUCAGCAGUGCGCGGCAGAAAACGACCUCUGAAGAUUGUAGGAAACCUACACAUCUGUCAGUGUGUGAGGAGGCAUUUAGAAUGUAGUCAGAAAUGUAUGAUCCUGUUUUUGUUCUCAAUCACAGGUGUACCCUUUAACGGGGUAGCACAGAUCACACUGUCAACAGUUAUCAUCUCAGCCAGCAGUUUGAAAAGUGCCUUGUGUAUCAGCCAUCUGACCAGCUGUGAUUGGAGCUGAUAAAAACUUAGCAGUACUUGUUUUUUUUACAAAAAGGACUUUUCUGUCUUUGUACUUGGCUUCUAAGCAAACAAAUCUAAAGCUCUCACUGCCUAGUCCUGACAGAAGCGUGACCCAUGUGAAUGUUGCUUUUGUAUGCUGGCAGUGAAGCUGCAAUACUGUGAUAAUAACCGGCUGACUAUUAUGUAGUCAUCAAAUCUUCCUCUGCCUCCAAAGAGUCAAUCUCCCCAGUGAGUUUUAAUGUGGUGAUGUAUUUUUGAAUUUUGUCUUAGUUCACUCAUCGUUUGUUUUAAAAUUGAUUGUGUGCGGUACUUAAAUAAAAGUGUGUAUAAAGGUGAUGGGCAGGGAUCUGAAGGGCUGGUCCUCACUGCCAAAUUCCUCAAUCGGUUUGAUUUAGGAUUAAAAUCUCAUAACUCGCAUUAAUUCAAUAGGAUUCACUUCAUAAUAUGAGGUAAUUAAAAUUCUUAAACCAUUUUUGUUUGGUAAUAAUAAACAAAUUUUAUGUAAUUUUCAAGGUGAAGAACGGUUUGAGUUGCAUUAAUAAAAUUAUACAUUUCCCUGCAAAAACUCAUACAAACAGAUUUUGGUCUAAAAAAUAAACCCAUUAACCUCUUAGGACCUGAGCUCUUAUUUGACACGGCUUUUUAUUUUAUUUUAUUUCUGCUAAAGAAGGCCCCAGAUAAACAGAAUGAACUGCUGGGGUAGUGUAACCCCAUAUGGGAUGUUCACAUAUGUGGAUGCCAGGUCUUAAAGAGGUUAAAGAAGAUUUAAUUCAUGGAUUUUUAUCAGUGUUCCAUUUUGUAAGUAAAUAUUGAUCCUUUUUUACUAAACACAGCCCUACUCAUCAUAACUCCUACUUUGCGAAUAAGCACUGAAACCUUUUGCAUCUCCAGAGGCAUUAAUCUUUUAAAACCUUCAUGCCAGUCCUUCUCUGUAUACAUAUUUAUCAGUCUCAACAGAUAAGGUGCUUUUUUUUUAACAGGAUGCACCGAUCCAAAUCAACAUCAGAGCUAAUAUUCACAUUUUCUUAUAAAUUAAAUAUUGUUUGUAUUGAUAGAACAUUCAGUGUUUUACUGUUAUGUGCAGUUAUGUAAUAAUGCUGAGCUUUUAGCUUUGUUUGGCCCAGUAAUUAAUCGUGAAGUUACUGAAAGCAAAACACAUCUAAAAAGCACUUAGAUGAACUCAUCUGGUUAAAAAAAGGAGAUUUGCAAACCAGUCAAGGUCCAAAUGAAGUAAAAUCUCAUUUUUAAAAUAUCUUAAGCAAUGGAUAUAAUCUGAAAGCCUAUAUAAGUAUUUUGACAUUUAAACAAUCAAAACAUUUAAAGCAUAACAUUUGAUGUAAGCUUAAUUUCUUCUUGCAGGACUUUUAAAAUCCUCACAGUUUUCCUCAAUUAGUUUUUAAUUAUUUUACAAGAAAGAGGGAACGGUAACUGAUCAUUUUUUAUUAAACUCAAAUAACUAUUUGUUUUGAAAAUAUAUUAGUAGUUUGUCUAAUAACGAUCAAGAUUAAGUCUUGAUACAGUUGGGUUAACAUCUAAAGGCUCUUAAGUAAUAAAUAAUUAUAAAAAAGUACGGCUGAAAAAACCCAAAGUUACUCUCUUAAUCAAAUCGCUUUCAGUGUCGGUCACUAACAGAAGAAGAACCUUUGGCGAUGAACAUGAUAAAUCAUAUCAUGAAGUCUUUUGAAAAUGCUUUCCAAAUGUUGAAGCUUCUUAACAGUGGUGCCUGUGCAUAUGUGGCGUCUAAAGCAAGGGCCUGUUUAAAAUUCAACUUAAAAAAUAAUCACACUGAAUGUUCUUGGGCAUUAUAUGUAUAAACUCAAAUGUUUAUACAUAUAAUUUUUAGAUCGGAGUUUUAAAGGUUGAGAACAUUUGGAUCAGUGCAUCCUCAUGAUUUGUCCAAGAUGUUUAAGAAAAAAAUCGACCUCUGGGCUGUUUGCAAUAAUAUCAUGAACUCUUUUUAGUUUGAUUGUGUGUGUCAUGUUUCCAGACAUCUUUAGAAUUGUAUAUUUUGUGUUCUUUUUAUUAGUUUUUGUAACUUGUAAAAACAAUAAACUCUUUAUAAUCCUUC